AUGAAGCGCUCACGUAGCUGCCCUCCUCUCCCCUCCCUUCUUGCUCACUCCGACCUUACCUCCCCACCUCCUCCAGCGACGGUCUUACCAGCUUUUCCGGGCAACAAUGCGCAACUCACUCUCCACUCUCACACUCCCCCUGCUACCUUCUCCACCCUUCCCGUCGAGCUCAUCAAUUGCAUCGGCGACUUUCUAGGCAAGCGAUCCAUCACCAACCUCAGCCGUUCCUCCCUCACCACAUACCGCAUCUUCGAAUCCAAUCUCUGGCGCAACCUCAACCUCUUUCUGAACAUCAAUCACGGACGACAGCCCUUCACAGGGAAGGACAGCCGCUGGUUUUGUCGAUACGAGAUGGACCUUCGACGCCACAUCCUAGCCAUGAAGGGGAUGAUGAACGACAUCCGAUCCGAGGGAAACCGGCAUCGCUACAGCUUGAUCAAGUCAAUCAGGGUCGCCCCCUUGGUCCAGAUCGUGGACGUGGUGGUGCAACUACUCGUCGACGUCUCGGCCAAUCUCGAGCACCUCGAAGUCUUGUACGCCGACUUGUACAAGCUGCCCAACCCCCUGUCGGGCGAGUCCUUUGAGACUCGUUUCCUCCAGCGCUACGCCGAAUCCCUCGGCCAGUUUAGCCAGUACAUCGCUGCAAAUGGCUAUUCAACGAAUUAUCACGGACCCAAUCCGACGGGCACACAUUCACCCACGCUUAUACCGAUGACGCUAAAUUGGAAGUCCAUUCCACCCGCCAUGCUUGUUGGGCUCUCUUUCCCCGCCCUCACCUCCGUCCGUUUCGGAUGGGACGCGAUCGUUCACCCCGAGACCAUCAUAGCACUCCUCCAGAUCGCGCCGUCUCUCCACCGGCUAGCAUUCUGUAUCGACAACAACCACUCGCCGAUCGAUCGCACAGAACACCCGGAAUGGCAGCACUUCUCUCGCUUGCGCAAGAUGAAUACUACGUUACACACCCUGUCCAUCGAAGCUCAUUGCGAUGACGAAGAUCGCGAGCUGGUCAAAUCGAUCAGCAACAUCCUUGAGUUCAGUCCCUUGCUCCAGCAGCUCAACCUACGAUUGAAAUGGUGGGAAAACUGGGAGGGAGCACACACCCGCAUCGUGCCGCUCAUCGGCAAGCUCUCAUACCUACUCGAUCUGUCCUGGCAAGAUGAGUUCUUCCAUAUGCACGGGUCACAGCUGGGAGCUCCCGACUCUGCCUCGCUGAGACGGCUGCUAUUACCUCACGCAGACUUCAAGCUUCCGGAUGACACUGUACCAACGUCGUCCGCGCUCGAGGUCCUUGUCCUAACCCGUACGUGGGGAGCGAGGGGCUCAGACGACCUGGUCUUCCAACCCGCUCCUGCUACGAUCCUGCCCCUCGAUGCCUCCUUCGCCCAGUGGAUCCGCGCCUGUCCUCGGCUCCGUGUCGUCAAUUACAUCUGCGAUCCACCACAUCGCGAAGACGCUACCCUCUUCGAUAGGCUGGACAACGCAGAAGCAGCAGGAGACGUCACCGCUCGCGUAUACUCUAUGCGGCAUGGCGAUUAUGAGGUGCUCCAUGCUCAGAUACAGCUUCAGCCGAUCGACAACAAGCGCCGCAACCGCACUACUCGGCAACGCGUCCUGUGCUACACUGGCGGAGACCGCCUGAUGGCAGACUUUGAUACGGUCGAGGCGCAGUACCCGCCUGAGUGGCAAGAUUACUCAGAUUUUGAAGGAGAGGCGGUUCCGAUGAGAGUCAUGAGAGGGAUGAGGGAGGCCGAGGGUCUGAACGAAGAGGGGUGGAAAGCACGGGGGGUCGAGGUGGGUGCAGCGGCAUGGGGUGUACUGGAGGCAUGGCGUGCGGCUGGCUCGCCGGCGGACCCCGACUGGAUCCAGCAGCCGCCGCCUGAUUCAGCAGAUCACAAGGCUUAUCAGUUCAGACGCACGGACUUCGAGUUCGCCACCCAACGCGUCAAAAACUCUAGAUCUCGGUCGCGUCCUUCCUUCUCUCAACUGUACUUCACCUUCGAUUCGUACGAUCACACCAGAAACACCUCUGCGCCAUCACCCUCUCACUCCCCUGAAUCCCCUCACCCCGCGAAACUCAUGUCUCUCCCGCAAGAACUGCUUAAAGCAAUCGCACUCGAGCUCGAUACCGCGUCCGCCCUCGCACUCGCACUCGGCUGCAAAGAGCUCUAUCCCAUCGCCGAGCAUGGGAUCUGGCAGGAGCUCUUACUCCAGGCGGUAUCGCCGUGUCCAGGUCAUGACCACUGGGCCGACACGCAGCGCUGCAAAUACUGCUCGGACCGGAGAGAAAAUCGGCUGUUACGUGGCCAGUUGGGCGGGAAGGUGGACGGUAUCCUCAAAAAGGGAUCUGAGGCCAGAUGGGCGAUGGUGCGCUCUAUCGUCAUGUCUCCUCGGCCGGGAUCGGUAUACGACCUGACCCACCUCCUGCGACACGUCUCGCCCUACCUUCGGUCCCUCGUUGUCACAGCUCCACCGGAGUCCGACGAUCAGGCUUACGAAGCCCGGGAGUCCAUCGACGUCCGGUUGCUCGAGUACAGCCGCGAGCUUGAGGCGCGCAAUGUCCAGCUGUCGUUCCCCUACCUCACCAAUAUCAAAAUCGGCCUAAACACCGUCCAAUUCGCCGAGUUCGUCGACGUCCUGCGCAAUAUCGCACCCAACCUGACCUCCCUGGACUUUGCCAUCGAGGCGUGCAGAGAUGCCAAGGUUGGUCUACACUCCUCCAAUCUCGGCUUUCCUGACCCUAAUCUUCACUUCACCCACCUCCGGCGGCUCCAUAUUCAUUAUUGCUCAUACGAAGACUUCGGCGUUCACGACCCCUUCCGAUACAUCAAGGGGCUUAUCGGGGACAGUCCAGAACUCCAGGUCCUAUACCUUGCUUACGGCGGUGAAAUGCAGUGCCUCGAUUCGUCCAUCUUCCGGUACAUCCAUGGUCUCGACAAACUGCGCGAGCUAUUUCUAGCGGACGAGUUUCGGCACGUGCCAAGUAGAGAGGGUAUACGGGGCUCGCUUGUCGAUUCGGACAUGGAAGAGUCGGAUGGCGAAGAGGAGGCGCAGAACAUGCAGAAGGGAAAGAUCUCACUUCCGCAGAGCCUGAAGAAGCUCGUGAUGCCCUACGGUUCUUGGCUUCAUUCGACCAAAUACAACCCCCAUCUGCCCUGUGCGCCGGGUCUCACCUCACUCUGCCUUCUGAAUCACAAUUGGUCCUACGCCGGGCCCAUCGUUCUAUCGUCUGACCUGGCGGCUCAGCGGAUCAACCCCGGCUUCACAAGGUGGCUCCGUGCUGCUCCCGCGCUCGAUACGAUUCGCGUCACCUGCGCCGCUACUUUCCAUGCGGCGGCGAAGAACACGGACGUCCACUCACUCAGCGGGAUCGAUCUCGACUCACCCACCGGUACCGUCUGGUCCUACCGACACCGCGGGCAAGAGGUACUCCACCUUCGUCUACAGGCGGCAGAUGUCGAAGUUACCGUCUACGCCGGAUCCGCCAAAGCUUCUCCCCCUCCCACUCAUCAUAUUCGCAUACUUCACACAACGAAGUCGAACUCGUAUCUCGACCGCGUGGAUCUGCUGGUCGAUACGCACGACCUCGUCUGGGUGGACUAUACCAGCUACGACGGAAGCGCGGUCCCUUUGGCGGUGCUGGAGGGGAUGAGGAAGGCGGAGGGGGUCUGCGAGGAAGCUUGGCAGAAGAGAGGCGUGGAAGUAGGGGAGGCAGCCUGGCAGGUGCUGUUGGACUGGCAGGAGGAGUCGGCGUGA